AUGAUCUUUAAAAUAGCCUAUGGAGGUUUUCGUGCAUCUUUGCUUACCGAUACUGUUCAAGGUUGGGCUAUCAUUGUUUUACUCGUGAUCUCGACCAUCGGUUUCGGGAUUGCAGUGAAAAUUGACAGAUCACUGAUUGGACCCAGCGGCCUUUUGGAUUCCAAUGUAUUGGGAUGGGAAUUGGCGUGGAUAAUGCCCAUUGCUGUCACCUUUGCCAACCUAUUUCACGAGGGAUACUGGCAGCGAACCUUUGCUUCAAAAAACGAUCGUGAACUCGUGCUUUCCACCAUCUACGGAGGUAUAAUGUUGUUCCCCACAUUAUUUAUCAUAGGCUUCACCGGCGUGAUUGCUUACUGGGCUGGUACUUGGCCCGGCAGUCCGUCAAAUCCUCAACCAGGAUAUUUGGCGUUCUUUACCCUUUUCUCUUUGCUUCCAGACUGGGUCGUGGGUUUUGUCGUGAUAUUAACAGUCAGUUUAAGUUGUUCAGCUUAUGAUACAUUGCAAAGCGCCAUG